AUGUGGGAGAGAAGCAGGAUGUCGAGGGAUGGCAGGCCAGAUGAUAAAUGUGCAACAAAAGGGCAGAAAAUAAGGCUUCUUGCAAACCACUUCAAAGUUUCAGUUCACAGUGCUGAUGUAAUCUUCCACCACUACAGUGUGGAAUUGAUGUAUGAGAAUGACAAAAAUAAUAAACAAGUGGAUGGAAUGGGUGUGCGUAGAAAAGUGAUUGACAAGUUGCAGGAGAUCUAUGCCUCCGAGCUCACAAAUGUGAACUUUGCUUAUGACGGUGACAAGAGCCUAUUCACUAUUGGCGCCCUGCCGCACGUCAAGAAUGUGUACACUGUCGUAGUUGAGGAUGCUUCAUCUGCAAAGGUUGCAACGAGUAUGACCCCUGGAGAAAAUAAAAGUCCUGGGGGCAGUGACAUGAAAAGGAUGAAACGGCCGUUCCAGGUACGAAUCUUUAAAGUGGAGUUGUCCUUUGCAGGAACGGUUCCGAUGGACUCCAUUGCCCGAGUCAUUCGUGGUCAGGAAUCAGACAACUACGAGAAAGCUAUUCAAGUCCUCGACAUCAUACUGAGGCAAAACUCCGCGAAGAAGGGCUGCCUUCUGGUUCGGCAAUCCUUUUUUGACAACAGCCUUUCCAAUUCAAUUGACUUGCAUGGUGGAAUUAAGGGUUUGCAAGGAUAUCAUUCCAGCUUUCGACUUACUCAAAGUGGUCUCUCACUUAAUGUUGAUGUGUCUACAACAACAAUUGUCAGACCCGGGCCUGUCAUUGAUUUUCUCCUGUCCAACCAGGAUAUCAAGGACAUUCGUAGAAUUAACUGGGGCAAAGCUAAGGAUGUGUUAAAGAGCUUAAGGAUCAAAACCACCCACACAAAUGCUGAGUUCAAAAUUUUUGACUUGAGUGAAAAGUCUUGCUCUGAACAAACGUUCUUAUGGAAGAAAAGAAAUGGCAAUAGCUCUGAUGCAGUGGAAAUAACAGUCUAUGAAUACUUCAAGCAGCAUUGGCAUAUAGAAUUGAAACAAUCUGCUCACCUCCCCUGUUUGAAUGUGGGAAAACCAAAGCGUUCGAAUUAUCUACCAAUAGAGCUUUGCUAUCUGGUUUCACUGCAAAGGUACAAGAAGGCUCUUACUGUACUACAGAGAUCCUCGCUGGUUGAGAAAUCCCGGAAGAAUCCUAGCAAGAGGAAGUCAGAUUUAUCUUCUGCUCUGAAAUGCAGUAACUACAAUUCUGAUGCCAUGCUGAGGCGGUGCGGCAUUUUGAUAGCUUCAGAGUUUGCUCAAGUUGAUGGUAGAAUCCUUCGAGCUCCAACGUUGAAAGCUGGAAAUGAUCAAGAUCUUAUUGCACGCAAUGGGAGGUGGAACUUCAACAACAAGAAGCUCAUUGAUCCCAAGCAAGUGAAUAGAUGGGCUGCUGUUAAUUUUUCCACGCGGUGGAACGUUCAGGAUCUUGUUCAGGGCCUCAUUCGUUGUGGUGAAAUGAAGGGAAUUAAAAUUGAAUCUGCUCAUACAAUAUUUGAGGAGAAUCUUCAAAUGAGGGACCUUCCAGGGACGCCAGAGAACAGGGUGGAUAAUAUGAUGAAUCAGAUUCAUCAGAGGCUUCCUGGGCGUCCAACUUUUCUCUUAUGUGUUCUUCCAGUCAGAAAGAACUGUGACAUUUAUGGGCCUUGGAAGCGAAAAUGUCUUGUGGAAUCAGGCAUUGUUACACAAUGUAUGGCACCUGAGUAUGGGCGCACCAAACUUGAUGAUCAGUACCUCACAAAUUUACUGUUAAAGAUAAAUGCCAAGCUCGGUGGAUUGAAUCCACAACUUCAAAUUGAAAGAAACCGUGCCAUUCCUCUCGUAUCCAGAAAUCCAACCAUAAUUUUCGGUAUGGAUGUUUCCCACAGUGUUGCAAAAAAGUCCAAUAUACCAUCCGUUGCUGCUGUUGUUGGUUCCUUGGGGUGGCCUCUCAUUUCAAGAUACAGAGCUUCUGUGUGCACUCAGUCACCUAAACUAGAGAUGAUUGAUUCCUUGUUCAAGCUAGAGGGGGGUAAAGAUAAUGGCCUCAUAAGGGAGCUACUAUUAGACUUCUACAGCAGCACUAAACGGCAAAAACCAGAACAAAUCAUCAUUUUCAGGGAUGGAGUUGGUGAGGGCCAGUUUAAUCAGGUUCUGAACAUUGAGCUGGAUCAGAUGGUUAAGGCAUGCAAGUUUCUUGAUGAUAGCUGGUUCCCCAGGUUCACUGUGAUUGUUGCACAGAAGAACCACCACACAAGGUUUUUCGUGCCCAAAGGCCCCAGAGACGACAAUGUGACUAAUGUCCCUGCUGGUACUGUUGUGGACACGGGAAUCUGCCAUCCCAGGAACUACGAUUUCUACAUGUGUGCACAUGCUGGCAUGAUUGGGACAACUAGGCCAACACAUUACCAUGUGUUGCAUGAUGAGAUUGGCUUCUCUCCAGAUGACCUGCAGGAGCUCGUGCACUCCCUCUCAUAUGUGUAUCAGAAGAGCACCUCAGCCAUAUCAGUCGUUGCCCCGGUGUACUACGCGCACCUGGCGGCGGCGCAGGUCAGGCAGUUCGUCAGGUUCGACGACAUGUCGGAGGCCGCGUCGUCGGCCAGCGGCACCCCUUCGCCCCUGCCGGAGCUGCCUCGGCUGCAUGAGAAUGUCAGGUCUUCCAUGUUCUUCUGCUGAGUUUGAGCUGCGGAUCGGAUAGCUGGUUCCAUGUUCUUCUAAUGACAAUUCAGCUUGGCAUUUUCGUUCCAUGUUUGGACGCCAGACUAUGC